AUGAAUGUCUGGUUCUACAGGAAGCGCUAUGGCAAUUUUUACAGGUUUAGCGUGGGCACGCAGAACAUAGUCGUAUUAUCCGAUAGGACUUUGUUGAAAGCAAUGUUCGCGAACCGCAGUAAAUCCUUGGGUGCCAAGAAGGUCCAUGCCCGAAUUUUCGGUCCAUUGGGCAUCCGCUGUGCUCUUGAUGAGCUUGAGAUUCCGCUCCAUGGUCAUUUCCUUCCGUCACUGGACCACCUCCUUUCAAAGAGCGUCAUCGCAAAAGACAUGAAGAAUCCAUUUCACUGCAGGCUACACGUUCGUUUCAGGAAUCUUGAAAAUAUGACCUACUCUUUUACUCUUUCAGAACUAGUCGGCUACACAGCAUACGAGCCACUCACCAUCGCGUUUUUUGGCCCUUCCUUUCAUCUUGAUACCUACGCUGACUAUCGUAUUCUCGACACGUCCCUAUUGACCCUCAUGGGCCCUUUGUCCUUUACUGCGAGGUCAGGGAUCCGCGCACGCAAUAGGCUUCUGGAGAUCUUCGUGUCAUAUAUUCGAGAGAGAGACAGAAGUGGCAGCCGAGAUAUCGAAGGAGAAGCGCUAUCACACACACUGAAUUCGGUCCGUAGCGGUUCCCUAUCCAUUAGAGAUCAAGCUGCCUGUUUGCUGGGGCUGCACUGGUCCCUCCACACCAACUUGCAUCGAUCCAUGUUUUGGAUGGUCGCAUUCAUUUUGGAAGACCACAAUGCGUUAGAACGUCUGUGCUCUGAAAUUCGCGAGACGAUCACGAAGAGAUACGGAGGAAGUCUGGAUGCAUUGAGGGAGGAAACGUCUCUACUUCCGGGAUUUCCGCUCGUCGACUCCGCUAUCAAAGAAAGUAUUCGGAUGGUGGGACUGUCUAGCUCACUGAGAGAGGUCGAAUUUGACACAAACAUCACUUCCGGGGAUUUGUCCUUCGUAAUCCGGCGGGGUGACUAUGUGUUUGGUGAUACCAGGGCGAUUCACGUCGAUAACUCCGUCUAUCCGGAUGCCGCGACCUACAGAGUUGAUCGGUUCUUAGCGGGGACGGAGAAGGCACCGAACACUCUGACCUGGGGUAGUGGGGAGCACAUUUGCAAGGGAAGAUUUCUAGCCCAAUAUGCAAUGAAGCUUUGGCUGAUAAUGCUCCUCGAAAUGUACGAGAUCUCCUCUCCCGAAUCUGCCUUGCCGGAAAUGGAUCCAAAAAGUUGGAGUGCCAUCGCGGAUCCUGUUGGUGAUAUCACAGUUUGCCUUCGCCGACGGAAUAACGGAAUUUUGAACGAUGCUUGA